AGUGUUUCCGUUAAGAUGGCUGUCGGUGCCUUCCCCAUCGCCAAGCUCCUCUACCUCGGUGUACGGCAGCUCAGCAAGCCCGUGGCCAACAAGCUCAAGGCUGGGGCUCUCCGGAGCGAGUUCUUCAAGACAUAUGUUUGUCUUCCACCGGGACAGAUUUACCACUGGGUGGAGAUGAGGACCAAGAUGAGGAUCAUGGGUUUUCGGGGUUCCACCAUCAAGCCCCUGAACGAGGAGGCGGCAGCAGAGCUGGGUGCAGAGCUGCUGGGGGAGGCCAUCAUCUUCAUCGUCGGAGGAGGGUGUAUGAUCCUAGAGUACAGUAGACAGGCGGCCAACUCUAAGAGGAAGGAAGAAGAGCUGAGUCACACCAUUGGCAGUCUGCAGACACAGAUAGGAGAGCUGACCUUGAACGCAGAGACACUGGAUGCCAGGCUAAGAGAGGUCAACAGGCUGCUGCUCUCCUUACCACCUCCAACCCUAGCACCGUCUGCUCCUGCUACCACGCAAGUUCCUGUUUGGGAUCCUGCUACCACUCUGGCUUCCUCUUCUGUGGAUCCCAGUCAAAAGUGAUACCUGUGUAAUUUCUGAAAUAGCCUGGUGGUCGCCAGAUCUGUUUUGUCUUUAGCCAAGUUCUCGCUCAUGUCAUAACUAGCCUUUUCAUAUCUGGCUCUCUCAAUGUAGUGUUGUCAGACGAGACUAAAGUCCUAUACACACACACUCUGCAAACGGAGCGACGGAGAUCCGUUUGUAUUGAUUCCUGCUUACUUUUGUGAGGCUGAAUUUUUGGAAUGGACCGUAUACGACGCUCUGUUUGCGUCGUAUGUGUGUGUGUGUAGAGUCCUUUCCGUCUAGGUUAUGAUGCCACACGAUUCAGUUGUUGGCUAAAACAGACACAGAUCUCUGUCCACCAGGUUAUGUCUGUUAAUGAAAGGACUGUGAAGCUUAUCGUAUGCUUCCCAGAUGAAACAGUUUGUGCAUAUAUUAUGUUUGCUUUGGUCUUUGGCAGGUUUUUUUUAUUUUUUUGGGGGGUGUUAAUUUUUAUUCUUGAGGCAAGUCUAUGUUCGGUACUCCUAGUAGUAGUACUCCUACCAGUAGUAGUACUCCUACCAGUAGUAGUACUCCUACCAGUAGUAGUACUCCUACCAGUAGUAGUACUCCUACCAGUAGUAGUACUCCUACCAGUAGUAGUACUCCUACCUAGUAGUAGGAACUAUUGACGGGAUUCUUCAAUGAAAUGUUUGUCAUUCAACAAGUAGCCUCUGCUGAGAUGUUUUCAGGAGAAAUGGAAAGAGGGCAUUAUUAACAAAGCAAUACCAUCUCAUCUCUGCCUCCACAUUUUCCUGAAUUGGUUGACCAGUGCAGAAGAGGACCUCCCCCGACACUGUUCUAUUCUCCUGGUAAAUAAAGACCCGGGAUGUUGUUUCAGGCCUGUCUUUGACAGCUGCUAUGUUCGGUGUUCAACGAGCGACGAUUAGUUUUCAUGCACAUGUUUUCACUGAAAAAUACUGCACUAAACAUCUGUUAGAUUGGGGAAAUUGUGCAACUAAGACUUCCUCUGCAAAAAAAAUGUCAACAUUUAUUUACAGAUUUCUUGAUUUAUCUCAGAUUAAUUUGACCUGUUUUGAGGGAAGUGUUACUGGGUAUGUUGCUACGGUGGCUCAAGAGGGACAAACCACAGUGUAGAUUCACCCCCCCCCCCCCCUAAUUUUUCAAGUGAUGUUCAUUAAGGCAUAUGUGAGCAGAUGUUUUGUUUAGCCGUGCUGAGUUCUGCUAGAAGAUAACCGACCCUCUAUGCAGAAGCCUUCAUCAGUUAAGUGGAGGAAAGUGCGACCACAGUGUCUGUCUGCUGCUAUAUGCUAAGGAUUUCCUGUAGCGCUGGGUGUGAGUGGACCUAUCUCUUAAUACUUUGGGGUUUUGCUGUGUGUCAGGGGCUGCUGCUGGAGCAAUGAUUCGCUGUCAUAUAGUGUAUUCAUUUGGUGUGUGGGGGUGGGGGGGUUCAAUGUUUUAUUUAACACUGAACUAAAAUAUUUAAAAAAAUGCAACAUGUAAAUUGUUCACCCCAUGCUUCAUGA